AUUUGCUAUUAUCUUGCUAUUUGGUUAUCACAUAUUUCUUGCCAUCAAUAAAAUUCCUUUUAAGCCAAAGGUAUUUUAAAUACAAUGUAACUAUUCAACAAAAGUAUGAUAAUAUGUUCAUAUAUUCUAUCCUUAAUUCAUAUUUUACCUAAUCUAUUUUUAUUAUUAUUUACAUAUGUUUAUCCAUUUUCCACAUCUUAUCCAAUAAACCUUUAUCCAUAAUAAUGGACAAGAUAUUUUCCUGAAUGGGAAUUCGGUAAUCAUUGUAUCCUUUCACAACUCUUAUAUAACAACCAGUAUACUAACAACACUUAAAACACCCAAUAAUACAAAAACAGUAUACAAGUUAUACUAUAUAUAUACACACAUAUAUACUAUAGUUAUUGGACUUACAAAACAGUAUACAAGCUAUACAUUAUAUACUAUAGUUGUUGAACUUAUAGUUUGUUGAACUAAUGGAGAUAAGAGUAGGGAUCAAGUUGCUACUUGCAUUAUGGCUACUGAUAUCCACUGUAUGUGGUGGUUAUUCUUAUCGACCGAUGGCGGGAAUGAGGUGGCAGAAGAAGAAGGAUUCAAGUGGAUUAAGGCGUAGUUUGCUUAAUAAUGGACUAGGAUUGACUCCUCCUAUGGGGUGGAGUAGUUGGAAUCAUUUUGCCUGCAACAUUGAUGAGAAAGUCAUAAGAGAAACUGCUGAUGCCCUGGUUUCAACUGGUCUUGAUAAGCUUGGAUAUCAGUAUGUCAAUAUAGAUGAUUGCUGGGCUGAACCUCAACGUGAUGAUCAGGGAAAUUUUGCGGCUAAAAAUUCCACAUUCCCUUCUGGAAUUAAAGCUCUAGCUGACUAUGUUCAUAGUAAAGGACUUAAGCUAGGAAUUUAUUCCGAUGCAGGGUAUUAUACUUGCAGCAAGAAAAUGCCUGGUUCACUUGGUCACGAGGAACAAGAUGCAAAAACUUUUGCAGCAUGGGGUAUUGAUUAUUUGAAGUAUGAUAAUUGCAACCAUGAUGGAACAAGACCAACUGUGCGAUACCCUAUUAUGACGCGAGCUAUAAUGAAUGCUGGAAGGCCUAUCUACUUUAACCUUUGUGAAUGGGGCGACUUGCAUCCAGCAUUGUGGGGUGGAAAGUUAGGUAACAGCUGGAGAAACACAAACGAUAUCACUGAUACAUGGGAAAGCAUGAUUUCUAGAGCAGACCAGAAUGAAGUUUAUGCAGAUUAUGCAAGGCCUGGUGGCUGGAAUGAUCCCGACAUGCUUGAGGUGGGAAAUGGAGGAAUGACGAAGGAUGAAUACAUCGUCCACUUUAGUAUCUGGGCGAUUUCAAAGGCUCCCCUUAUCAUUGGUUGCGAUGUGAGAAGUGUAACGAAGGAUACCAUGGAAAUUCUUACCAACAAAGAGGUCAUUGCUGUUGAUCAAGAUGAAUUAGGUGUCCAGGGCAAAAAGGUUAGAAUGGAAGGUGAUCUUGAGAUCUGGGCAGGGCCUCUAUUAGGCUAUAGAGUAGCUGUAGUACUUCUCAACCGUGGUCCUCAGAAAUCUGAAAUAACAGCAAAUUGGGAUGACAUUGGAAUCCCUCCUAACAGCGUCGCAGAGGCAAGAGACCUUUGGGAGCACAAGACAUUGGAGACAAGAUUUGUAGGGAAUUUGACAGCUACAGUGAACUCUCAUGCAUGCAAGAUGUAUGUAUUGAAGCCUAUUGCUUAAGGAGUAAAAUGGUCUGCACCAGAGAUUUCAGUGUCUUCCUGCUAUUUUGUUAUGUUUUUAAGUAUAAAAAUGAACUAGUCAUUUGUGUCAAAUGUGUCCAAAGAAUUAAACAUCAUUAUUAAUUGUUAUAUAUGAGUUUUAUCUA